ACCACGGAGGCUCGUGAUGAAGGAUGCUGAUCGCCUCACUGGGAGCACUCAGCCUUCUGGAAGCCUUCUCUUCAUUGCUCUUUUCAUCAACCAGAGGAUCCACCUGACCUUCUGCUUUAUUCACCAGUGAAGGUGAAGCUUCAGGAAUGAUUCCCUAAACGGUGUCUUGCUUUUUCCAAGUUACGUUCAUCCUAACUUUGUCAGUUGACGUACCAAAGUAAAAAGACAUGAGCGAGUCAAACAUCAGCCACCUGCUGACGCCACCCUCCGCCGGCAAGGUGGAUCACUACCUAGACCACUACGAUUUGGACUACGGCGUCCCCCCUGAUGAGAUCCCGGACACCACGCAAGGUCAGGCCUUCUUUGUGGCCACCAUCAUCAUCGGCGUGGUCCUCGUCUGCAUCAUACUGGUCUGCGGCGUGGGAAACUUCAUCUUCAUCGCCACGCUGACGCGCUACAAGAAGCUGCGCAACCUCACCAACCUGCUCAUCGCCAACCUGGCCGUCUCGGACUUCCUGGUGGCGGUGGUGUGCUGUCCCUUCUUGGUGGACUACUACGUGGUCAAGCAGCUGUCGUGGGACCACGGCCUGGUGCUGUGCGCUUCCGUCAACUAUUUGCGCACCGUGUCGCUCUACGUGUCUACAAACGCCUUGCUGGCCAUUGCGGUGGACAGGUACAUGGCCAUCGUCCAUCCCAUGAAGCCCCGAAUGAAGUAUGAAACAGCCUACUGCCUGAUAACCGGAGUCUGGAUAAUUCCCGUUCUCAUCUCAAUUCCCUCAGCGUACUUUGCCUCAGAGACCAUGUACCCCCACAGCGGGACCACCACGUCCCCAACCACUCAUAAAGUCUUCUGUGCUCAGAUCUGGCCGGUGGAUCAACAAGCCUACUACCGCACCUACUUUUUGUUCGUCUUUGCCGUGGAGUUUGUUGGACCGGUCGUCAUCAUGGCAAUGUGCUAUACCCAAAUUUCCCGCGAGCUCUGGUUCAAGAACGUUCCCGGCUUCCAGACCGAGCAGAUAAGGAAGCGUCUGCGUUGUCGCCGCAAAACCGUGAUGGUCCUCAUCGGGAUCUUGAUGGCCUACAUCCUGUGUUGGGCGCCCUACUACGGCUUCACCAUCCUGCGAGACUUCCAUCCCACGCUAAUCUCCCGCCAAAAGAAUUCCCUGGUGGUCUUCUACAUCAUUGAAUGCCUCGCCAUGAGCAACAGCAUGAUCAACACCUUCUGCUUUGUCAGCGUCAAGAACAACACCGUGAAGUACCUGAAGAAGAUUGUGCUGCUGCGCUGGAGGUCCACAUACGCCCCCAGUCGGACUGCGGACGACCUGGAUUUAAGGACCGUGUCUUUGCCAGUGACGGAGGAGAUUGAAUGCAUUCAUCUGAAGUAAAGAAGCUCAUUGACAUUUUGGACUGGGAAGCAAUGACAACACUUAGGCGAUGUUGCAAGUUCAAGAUCUGAUUUUUUCCUAAAGUCAGAGUGGAAAAUAUUCCAUUCCUAACAAAACCACACCAAAACAACAUCAGCAAAUUCAACUGUCCUGUCUGCACACACAUACACACAUGCACACACAGUGUCAGAACUCAUGUCACGUUCACAGACGGUCAGAAAUCACAAAACUCUUUCACAACUAGGCAGUGUAGUGGUCCUGUCAUUGAGAUGGAAAGGUUGCUAGUGCUUUUAUUAUUCGACGUUAUGUCAGUUGUGUGUUCUGUGUGCAGCGUGAGUUACUUAGUGGUUAAUUUAGGUAAAAUUUGGCUUUGGUCCAAACUCCACUUACAUCAAAGUCAAAGAACGGAACUCGACCGUAACCCGAGGACCGCAACCCAAGGACUGCCUGUACUUACGUUUUCAGGCCUUUUCUCGGAAAAUAAAUCAUACAUCAGCGUCACUAUGGAAAUACAAUUAAACCAUAUCCAAUUCAUAUCUGAUUUGUAUACACAUGGGCAUAGUGCCACUUGAACCUAUGUUGUGUAAAUCCAGCCUAAACAACACUGGAUUUAGAUUUUAGACAUGAUGAAUGAAGCACAUGAGGCGACAAACAUGACAGUGGUGAUGAAGGCAGUUCAGUUCAGUAGGAAAUCAGUCCAAUGUUAUAGCGAUCUAAUGUGUCUUAUUUACUAUGGGUUGUGUAAAACUAAGACAGGAACAGCAUCGAAUUAAAAGCACAAAAUGAAUACGGUGCCACCAUCCACCAGAAACAGUCUGGAUUUUGUUUUUCAGAGAGAAGACAUGGCUGUUUGAUGUGUGUGGUAAAAGGCAGCGUGCUAGCAUGAAUUAACUUGAGGUUGUGCACCAAAGAAUAAGCGCAUUAGCACUCAUAAGGUCAUCAAAUCUUACCUUUAUAUAUUCACACAUAGGAUCAGCAUUUGGGAGCAAAUAUGAGGUGAAAGAAAAAGACUAAAAAUACAGUACAGUUGUUUAACAACUGAAACAACAUGCACACGCACAAUGGUGUGUUCAAGGACCAUUGAACAAAGUGUGACAGGUCGCUGUUUGCAACAAACAACAUAUACAGUACAUGCAAAAACUCUGUGAUUUGUAACUGCAUAUUAUUUUUAAAAUAAAAUGAUGGACCAUAUUUCCAACAUUGAUAUGCAUUUACAUAAAAUUGGAUGUAGUUUUUUUUUUUUUUCAUUGCACCUGAAAGCUUCCCGCGGCCCGGUGGUUGGGGAUCCCUGUUAUACAGUACUUUGGAUGUCUGUGUUUGCAUCUACGUCAAAAAGAAGCAUGGUUGAAGUUGUUAUUGAUGCUCCCGUCAACCUUUCAGAGUCAUCGUUACUGAUUGACGUUAUUAGAUUUGUUAAAUGUGAGAUGAUACUUUCUAUGAAUCAUGGGUGACUGCCAUAUAACAACCAGCACUCCAUCUUGCUCCUUUACAGAUCCACAGUGUUUGAUGUUUAUCUCUCGAUGUGUUUCAUUGGUGAUAUUGAUGCUGUGGUUAUUGCGUGCUGGCUUAUUGUAGUGACGUGUUUGCUGAUGAAUGGGUCUUUCUCUGAGUGAGCCAAUGACUGCUUUGUCUUAGAUUGACUCUGUAUAACAUACGCUUUCAUUGUA